UGUCUACAAAGUUGGAAACGCCCGUUGCGCCCGUCAGCCAAGCGCGCUCGGUGGAUUGAAGGGGCUCGUUGACUGGCUGACCACACCUCGCAUAGCAGUGGAUACGUAUUCCUUUCUCUGGUAGGAAUUGCCACGCACCAGGAAGGCAAGAAGAUGGGGAGCAGGACGGAGUUCAGCAACCCUGAGGUGCCUGGCUAUGUGGGUUUCGCCAACCUGCCCAACCAAGUGCACCGCAAGUCCGUCAAGAAGGGCUUCGAGUUCACCAUGAUGGUGGUUGGCGAGUCGGGCCUUGGCAAGUCCACACUGGUCAACAGUCUCUUCCUCACCGACCUCUACCCGGAGCGACAGGUGCCGGCGGCGUCCGACGUCACCAAGAGGACGGUCAAGAUCGAGGCGUCCACGGUGGAGAUCGAGGAGCGCGGCGUCAAACUGCGGCUGACGGUCGUCGAUACGCCCGGCUACGGCGACGCCAUCGACAACACCGACUGCUUCAAGCCCAUCGUGCAGUACAUAGACGACCAGUUCGAGAAGUACUUCAAGGACGAGUCCGGUCUCAACCGGCGGAACAUUAUCGACAAUCGGAUACACUGCUGCUUCUACUUCAUCAACCCGGCCGGCCACGGUCUGAAGCCGCUCGACGUCCAGUUCAUGAAGAUGCUGCACAACAAGGUGAACCUGGUGCCGGUGGUGGCCAAGGCGGACACGCUGACCAAGGCCGAGAUGGAGCGGCUCAAGGUGCGGCUACGGGCUGAGAUAGGCGAGCACGGCAUCCGCGUCUACCAGCUGCCCGACUGCGACACCGACGAGGACGAGGAGUACAAGCAGCAGGUCAAGCAGCUGAAGGCGGCCAUGCCGUUCGCCGUGUGCGGCAGCAGUCAGCAGAUCGAGGUCCAGGGGAAGAAGAUCCGCGGCCGUCAGUACCCGUGGGGCGUGAUUGACGUGGAGGAUCCCAACCACUGCGACUUCAUCAAGCUGCGCACCAUGCUCAUCACACACAUGCAGGACCUGGAGGACAUGACGCACGACAGUCACUACGAGAACUACCGUUCAGAGCGUCUGGCGCGCCAGACGUCCCGCCAGGGCCGACCGGCCGCCGCUGCCGCCGCCGCCGCCGCCGGCGACGACCUCUCCGACAAGGACCGCAUGAUCCAGGAGAAGGACGCCGAGCUGCGGCGCAUGCAGGACAUGCUGGUCCGGAUGCAGGCGCAGAUCGCGCAGAGCAGUACCACCUCGCUGCAGUCGGUCAGCAGCCAGUAGGCGGCGCGUCCGUCGCCGCGCUGGGGGCGCUGCGGUCGCCUUGCCAGCCGCCGUCGCCGCCGCCGCGGCGGCGACGGAGAAGACCGGCCGCCGUGGAGGCAGGGACGACUUGGACUGCGGUUGUGGCCGCACCACUGGCGGUGCGCUGCGCUGGACCGUCUGGUUGCACCUGGUCGCUAGCCGGAGCGCCUGGAGAGGCCGGUGCUGUGUCCACGCGAGCCGGUACGGUCCGCCACGUGGGUCGGUCCCGGCCCCGCUGGCUAGAGCCGGUGGUGCCACCGACGCGCUGUGUCUCCCAAACUUCCGAAACUGAUGGGCCGUGCGGUUUGGCGUCCCAAAGUCUGCUUUGGUUGUGUAGCUUUUGCUGCAUUAAUUGCUUCCAUUGACCGUGUGCUAUUAAUCCCGGACUUGAUUAUGCAUGCCCGUUUCCGUAACUGUGUUGCUUUCUCCGUUUCUCGUGAUUUCAUAUCAUUUGCCAUUCCACUUUAUACGAAAAUGCUUCCGAUCAGAAAUUCGCCAUUGGCUGCCUCGUCAUUGUCUUUCAUGGGCCUGUGUUCAAUACUACGGUGUCUUGCUAGACCUUGCGUCUAGAGCCGGAUAUCUGGCUUGGGUACAUUUAACGGGAGCUGUCCGGACAAUCAACUGGAUCCGCUGUAGCACAUGUCGAUGGUAUCUUCGUUCAUUUUUAUACGUAUAAGCCUGGACGGCCGCGCACUGUAACAUGUAAGGCCGAAUACACCGUAUGCCGGAGC